UUUCGUCAAUAUAUAGCUAAUGCUCCGCUUGUUUGAAAGCGAGCCCACAUAAACCAACUAUGACUUCUACUGGGCGACGUACUCGAGACACAGUUUAGGAUAAUGUACACGUGUUUUCAUAGAAGUGCGAAAACGGUUUACUGCCGCGUGGAUACAUUUUCAACGCCGACGAUCGUCAGCUGUGUUGUGGAUACAAUAUUGAGUAAAACUGGACUGGAACAUACCAGGAUUCUCCUGCCGCCCUGCCAUUGCCUACAGUAGGAGGUUUGGAGCCUGUUGUGUGUGUAUAGGUUCCUCACCGAUGGUUCCAUAUGAUUAAGAAUACCUGCGCCAAGAGUCUGACAGAAUGGAUGGUGUGGACCUAAAGAGACUUGUGUAUCAACAUCAACAACACUCUGUGUUUCGUUGCAGAGUAAAAUCUUUCCCCAUUUACAAGAGAACACCGCCGAUCUUACACCUUCACUCUCUGCACCGUGUGUGUAUGUAAGGUCAUCCCUGAGCAGUAAAAAAAAAAAGAGUCAGGGAUAGAAGUUGACAUUCUAUCUUUUUAAAGAAACGGGCAAAUAUAAAUCUACAAGCCUGUGGGAUGGACAUGGAAAUAUCCUUAUUUUAAUUAUUUCAAGAAGUGUUCCGCCUUACUCUUAGUGUGGGUGGUGGGAUGUCGGAAAAGCCAGACGACAAAAUGGUGAAGUUCCUGGCUCCCCCUCAGAAGAGUGGAAAUGGCCCCAGCUCUGGGUCAGAUUCAAUGGUCAGUGAGUGCCGGCCGACAGAGGUGAGACGACGGCAUCACACCAUGGAGCGUGACAAGUGUAACCCUGAACACCGUUUCUUGCGCCGUAGUGUCAUCAGUGAUUCUAAUGCUACAGCGUUGGCCCUCCCUUUACCCAGCAAGAUCCCAAUCCCUGUACCUCAAUGGGUCCAGCUACAGGAAGCCGCUCCCCAACGGCAACAGACAGUUGCUGCGCAUUUGUUGCGAACUGAUAAAAUUUUAACUCAAAAUGAGAUGUCUGUUGAUCAUGGAAGAGGAGAAGAAAGAAAAGACAUAGAAAUAGCCAAGGUGGAUGUCGUGCCUUUAGACCAGGAGCCUGCCAUUGUACAAGAUACCUUGGAGGUGGUACAAGCGUCCCAAUCUGUACCAUGCCUUGGAAGAGAAUUGCCAAGUCGAACAGAGAAUGAAAACAUUGCUGAAGUGAAAGUACAUCAUGAAGAGGAGGGGGAGGAAGAGGAUAAGGAUUCAGCCAGGGCACGAGCAGAGGCAGAGCAGAGAGAAGCUGAGAAAAAAGUGGAGGAUGACAUUGAAGAAGCAGAGACCAAAGCAGUAGGAACAUCACCAGAUGGGCGUUUCCUUAAGUUUGAUAUAGAAAUUGGACGUGGCUCCUUCAAGACCGUCUACAAGGGCUUGGACACUGAGACCACAGUGGAGGUGGCUUGGUGUGAACUGCAGGAUCGUAAGCUGUCAAAGACGGAGAGGCAGCGCUUUAAAGAGGAAGCGGGAAUGUUAAAGGGACUGCAGCAUCCCAACAUUGUCCGCUUUUAUGACUCCUGGGAGGGACCCUCCAAAGGCAGGAAGUGCAUUGUUCUGGUCACUGAACUCAUGACUUCUGGUACACUCAAAACAUACCUAAAGCGUUUUAAAGUGAUGAAAAUUAAAGUGCUUCGGAGCUGGUGUCGACAAAUCCUCAAGGGGCUUCACUUCCUUCAUACUCGGACUCCCCCCAUCAUCCACAGGGACCUUAAGUGUGACAACAUUUUCAUCACUGGCCCAACAGGAUCAGUGAAGAUUGGAGAUCUGGGACUGGCCACAUUGAAGCGUGCAUCCUUUGCCAAGAGUGUUAUAGGUACCCCUGAAUUCAUGGCGCCUGAGAUGUAUGAGGAGAAGUACGACGAGUCAGUGGAUGUGUAUGCCUUUGGAAUGUGCAUGCUGGAGAUGGCCACCUCAGAGUACCCUUACUCAGAGUGCCAGAAUGCUGCACAGAUCUACCGCAGAGUUACCAGCGGGGUGAAGCCGGGCAGCUUCGACAAGGUGGCCUUCCCUGAAGUGAAGGAGAUCAUCGAGGGGUGUAUUCGCCAGAACAAAGAUGAGAGGUACUCAAUCAAGGACCUACUGAACCACGUAUUCUUCCAGGAGGACACAGGUGUGCGUGUGGAGCUGGCAGAAGAGGAUGAUGGAGAGAUGCAGCUGAUUAAGUUGUGGCUGAGAAUUGAGGAUAUUAAGAAACUCAAGGGGAAGUACAAAGACAAUGAAGCAAUUGAGUUUUCUUUUGACCUCAACAAAGAUGUUUCAGAAGAUGUGGCUCAAGAAAUGGUCGAAUCUGGUUAUGUUUGCGAAGGUGACCACAAGACCAUUGCAAAGGCUAUUAAGGACAGGGUGUCUCUGAUCAGCCGCAAGAGAGCUCAGUGGCAGCAGGUCCGAGAAGAUCAAGAGAAGAGAAGGUUAGAAGAAGAGAUGCAGAGUCAGUUACUGCUUGCGCAGCAACCAGGACAGCAAUCCAGCACAGAGUUGCCUCAGCCAGUGCCUCAGCCUGCUCCUUACAUCUCUCCACAACCAAACCAACACAGCACACAGAUGUCUGCUCAACCUGUAUCACAGCAGAGCCUCCAGACUUCUAACUACUCGAACACUUCUCAAUCAACCUCACUGACGGCCAUGGCACAGGGGGUCCCUUAUGUCCCCCAGUCAACGGGACAAGUUCAGGGACAAGGUGUGACCACCAUCCAGCCAGAGUCGGAGGAGCUGGAGUCCGACCAACAGCUACAGCACAUUGCAGGAGCUGUUUACACGGGAGACAGAUUGCCUAGUUCCUCCAUCCUUCCUGAUGCUCAGCCUCUUCAGCCUGGAGUUUCCUACAGCUCUGCUCCCUGUCAGCACCUUCAGCUGCAGGUGUCUUGUGCGCAGACACAAAAUGAACAAGUGCAACAGCAGCAACUGUCAGUGGGUCAGUCCCAGAUGCAAGGUGUCCAGCCCGAAGUUCCAGCAGCCACUAGCCAGGCUGUUCCUCUGGCACCUUCACAGUAUGGAGUUUACUACCAACCAUCGCUCCCCCCUCAGAUUUCCAACCAGCAAGUGAUGAUGCCUCCAUUAUCGUCGUCCUCUGUACCCCAGCAGCAACACUCUGAGAGCAGUGCCACAGUUCAAAGCUCCACUGUACCGCAGUCACACACUGGAGCCCAGCAGCCACAGGCUCCUGCGAGUGUAUCUCAGUCAACACCAGAACAAUCGGCAGGAUCUUUACCUCUGCUGCCACCGUCUGUAGAAAGCUGCCUGUCAGAUGCAGCCUCCGGUCUUAGUGACGGUAAUGAUGGAAGUUCUACAUCAGGAGGUCGCCACGAGGGGCGCUCGCUAAAGCGCCACCAGAGGCGAUCGGUGCGCAGCCGUUCCCGCCACGAAAAGUCUGCAAAGGCCAAGCUGAAUGUUCUCAGUAUCUCUAAUGUGGGCGACAGAGUAGCAGAGUGCCAGCUGGAAACUCACAACAGGAAGAUGGUGACCUUCAGAUUUGACCUAGAUGGUGAUAAUCCAGAGGAGAUUGCACAGAUCAUGGUUGAGAGUGAGUUUAUCUUGGAGUGUGAGCGCGAGUCCUUCAUCGAGCAGGUCCGGGAAGUCAUCGAAAUGGCUGAUGAGAAGGGAGAGCGGAUAAAGGAAGGCUUUCCUCAGUUGAGUGACCUUCAACAGCAGCCUGAACUGUCCAUCCCCAUGCUGCCAGGUAUUUCUCCCAGCACAACAGCCCAGGUGGUGCAUUCAGCAGGACGAAGGUUCAUCGUCAGCCCAGUGCCAGAGUCUCGUCUUAAAGAGCAGUUCUUUGGAGCUCCUUCAGCUAAUAACUCCUUUGGAGAUGACUUUGGCCCUGCUCCCCCUAUAACGUUGGGCCUUUCUCUGUCUGCUCCAUCUGGGCUCCUCCAGCAGGCUUUAAGUAACAUGAAGAUGCAGACUCGUGAAGAGAGAGCCAACACCCUUGAGCCCCCUGCUGCUGAGCAGGAACCAUGCUCUGUCCCGUCUACUGAGCCUGGACUCGGCCCAAACUCCAACAAUGUCCUGGCUCCUCCGGAAGCUUUAGCUUCCACUGCUAGCCCUAACUUUCCUGCCACGUCUACUGUAACAUCCUCACAACCUGUGAACGUUUCCCCUCAACCUGUAUCCACCCAGCCCCAAACACCUGCUCCAGUCAUCAAUGAUCCCAGUCCACCCCCCCAGUCUUCCCAUGAAACACCUCCCUCACAGCUUCCAUCAGCGACCGGUAUCCCUCCUUCAACUACCACUAUUUCACCUGCAUCCACGCAAAACUCUGUCCCUGCAGUACCUGGGCCUCAGACGAACAGUAGCUCUGUCAGUGUUUCUUCUGGAUCUGGUGCUACAUCUAGUUCUGGUAGUGGUAGUUAUAGUGCUGUCCCUGCUUCAGAGCAGCAGCCUUUCAGUAGUGCUGUUACAUCUUCUCAGCCUAUGAAUGCAUCCAUCCAUCCUCCCGCCUCAUUAACCAAUCAGAGUCAGGUACAGCAGGUAGAGUCAGAAGGGGCUGAUCUCCAGUCAAAGAAUGCUGGUCGAGAUGACAUCCAAGCUCUAGAUAAGAAACUACGGUCCCUCUUCAAAGACCAGAGCUCUGCAUCCUCGGCUUCAAUGGAUCCUAGUCAGAGCACAGGGACCUCCUCUCCUACCCCGGGGACUGCUUCCCCGCCACCAGGAACUGUCAUGGUGCCUCCAUCAAACCUUUCCCUCACCUCUGGGGCACAAGGUGUCCUUGGCAGCACAACCACCCCAGGACAGGGUAUUACCCCAUCAGGACAUACACAUACCCCUCCGAUGAAGCCCAGGGCACAGACUUUACCUACUGGUUUUGAUCAAGCUGCUACACCGCCCUCGGACAUUAUACCUCCAUUUCCUGGACCAAAUCAGUCACAUCAACCACUGGGUAAUUUGGAUGCACAGUUAAGGAGAGCUCUGAGCCCUGAGACUGUUCAGGGUGGAAACAGAGUCCAACCUCCAGGAGCAGGUUUCACUCUGGGACGUUUCCAAGUUUCUGCUGCAACAGAUGAUUCAUCCAGCAGCAUUCCCGAUCCCUGCAACGUGGUAUCCUCUUCCUCCCUCACACCAUCCUCUACCUCCUCUUCCUCUUCCUCCUCCUCCUCCUCCUCUUCCUCUUCCUCACCCUCAAGUCCAGAGAAUACACUCCACAGGUUGUCAUCUUUGCCCAAAGUUGCUUGUGAAACAGACAGCAUAAAUGGAGCUUCGUCUUUCUUCGCCGAUCCCGUCGGUCAGCCCACGACUAUUGGGCGUUUCCAAGUGUCCACGAGCAGUAACGUCACACCUGAAUCCACCACUGGCUCCAAAGUGGGACGUUUUUCAGUCACAGUAACUCCAGCUCCAACGACAGGCUCUAGUCCAUCACAGGAUUCCAAUCGGCAGAAUGGGCCCUCGUCCUCAUCCUCUGACCCCCACAAUGCUCACAGCCACUACAGCAGUGACAACGACGACUCUGAGACCGAGGACGAUGCCUUGCAGAAAGAAAUUAGCCAUCUGAGAGAAAAACAUAUGAAGGAGCUUCAGGUCUUACAGUCUCGUCAGAAGGAGGAGGUAGAGGCUCUGUUUGUCCGCAUAGGAAAACCACCCCCUCCUUCUGUCUUCUCCCCUGCUGUGGCCAUGGCUGGAGGUCGACGUAGGCUGAAAAGCAAGAGUCAUAAAUCUGCUCGCAGUAGUGGCCAACCCAGUCCCAAUCACUCUGGAUCGUCUCCAAAGCACAGUUCCCCCUCUCCAACAGAAGCUUCGGAAACUGCAACAGAGGCAUCAUCACAAGCAGCUGGCAGAUCAGACCAGCAGCUACGAUCCUCUCCGUCCAUGCCCAGCCUCAGUGGCUGCUCCACAGGACCAAUUGGAUCCAGCGUCAGUAACGGUUCAGGUCACUGUCAGAACCAUUCUUCUUCACUGGCCCAGGUGGCUGGAGCUGCUGCUUCUGGCUGUCUCACCCAGAAAGGCAAAGGCACCUUCACUGAUGACUUUCACCAACUGGUGGAUAACUGGGCCAGAGACGCCAUCAACCUGUCCCAGUGUAAGAGAGGUCCUAAAACUGGAGCACAGGCGGUACUGGGACAUGAUCUCAUCCCUCCAGCCAACAUGGGGCGUAAAUUCUCAGCCCCAGGUUACCUCUGCCCGACACUUCCCACACCUUCCAACGCCACAUCCACCACCAACACUCACCUUAGCAGCUCAGGCAGUCCGUCCGUCUCUCUGGGGCCUCGUACAGGCUCUCUGGGCCCCGUUCCCCAGGGGUUUGGAUAUGCCGCUGCUCCAUACAGUGCUUCUCAGUGGGCAGGACCCACAGGCACAAGCCAGGUCAGCAUGCUUAACCCUGCACAGCCACCAUCACAGUACCAGCCGCCUACAACAGCCUCUGUGUCCAUGCAGCAAGGCUACCACAUGGGAACCACGCCUGCACCUCAGAAAUCAGCCAGUCACGGAGGACCCAACCUGAGGCCUACGUAGCCCAGUCAGAGCGGAGAGACAGGACAGUUGUAGAUCGAAAAACCACUAGCUCUCUUUGCAGCUUCGCCGGCUGUGUCAUGCUUCUUUUCUUUUUUUAUUAUUAUUUCUUUUAUUAUCUUGUGUAAUGAGUGGACUUGUGUCCUCUCAGGCAGAACAAAAUCUGUUAUUGGAGGGAGAGUGCAAUACACAUCCACGGCACAGAAAGUGUCCCACUUAGCCUGCCGUUAGCUGUGGAUCCGAGCUGUGACGAGUUAGUCGGUUGUGUCUGCUAAUGUAACGACCCAAAUGCAGAACCAACAUCGGCCAAAGAUGCGUGCUUUUUUUUCUUUGAGAGCAGACAUUGUCAUGUGAUCCCUUUUUUGAAGAAGAGGUGGAGGUGGGGGAGGGAUUCUGGGUGAUAUCCUCGCUGGUUCUGACGUAAAGCUGAACUGGCACUGAAGAAUGUUGAGUUAAUUACUCAACAACAGACAAACAUAUACACACAUACACACACACUGUCCUGAAGAAAAAUUGACCUGUUUAAGUGAGUUCGGGUGGUAGGUUGUGUUGUGAUUGAGACUGUGAGUGUUAGUAAGUGGAGGAUUGGUGUGGGACAGUUGGAGAAUUAGAUCUGUGGCAGUUGUUGAACUGGGACUGAGAGGGGAAAAAAACGCUGUGGGGACAAAGAUGGACCAUGGCGAGCCGCUGUAUCAAGGGAAUUGAUGGGGGGGGGGGGCGACCCUUGGUUUGUUCCAGAUGGGGAAGACAAGUGUGACAAGAGGAAAGACGUAGUAAGUUUGUCUGGAGUGUAAAGGAUACAGUUGGGUUGUGAAAGUAUCGCAUUGGCUACCUAUUAAGUAAAAUGCAAUAAUGGCAAAGAGUAGAUAAAGUGUCCCCUGUAACCGUGGCCUUAAUCCCCAAACACAUGGAGACAUCGACUUUGUACAUAGAUAUUCUUUCACUGGGUUAUGAUUCCAUGUUCAGCAUAUAUUUAUGUCCUUGUGAGGGUCUGGUGUCAUAGUGUUUCAGUUGUCUCUAUCAUAAUCUGAUUAUUGAUGAUUUCUUUGCAUCUGACAUGCAAGCAGAUGGAUCUGUGACAAAAACAAAACAUUGUCCUGGUGUUGAGCACCUUUCAAAAUUUGUAACUGAAGAAGUGAUGCUGCUGUAGAUUUUUUUUUUUUUUUUUAAAUAUAUGAAGCUGUUGAGAAUCCUUCAUUAAUACAUGAAACCACUUAGUUCUCAGCCAUGAGCAGUUUGUAGUCUUUAUCUUACAAAAAAUUACAGUUUUGGUUCAUAGUGUUUGUGAGUGUGGGGAGCACAGACUCCUCCUCCUCCUCCUCCUAACAUGUGUUUACACAGAUAAUAUCCAUCAUUAGAUAAACAGGUUCGUAGUAAAGUCACAUUAUAACAUUUAGCCUUCACCACUUAUCUCACAAGUGUCUGGGGUUUUCUGUCUGUGGUCUGUUUUUGUAUUCGUUAUUUAAUAAGACAAAACAAAUGUUCUUUAUGGACCUGUAUUCAGCCAUCAGAUUUUGAUGUUGUCUCACUGUAAUUACUAUUAAAGGUUGUUAAACAACAUGUAGUUAAACGAAUAUAAAAAAAAAGUGCAAUUGCAGGGUUGUUGUUAUUGGUAUUCUACUCAGCUCACAGGGCGAAUUCCUGUGGUUUAUUAAGCUCUUAUAUCUAUGACUGCCCUGCCCCCCUUUUCUAUUUUAUUGUACAUAUGUUAACGUGAGGUAAAUGCUUUCUUUCAUGUAUUGCUCAGUCACUAAGAGUGUGCUUGUGGUGAUUCAUUCUACACGCACUCUGUAAACAUGAGCAACACUUUAGUGCCUUGCAUCCUCCUUAAUGAUGAGAUCCAGAUUCCUUUAGUCCUGUAUCUGUGACUGUACUGCAGAAAAACCAGUUCACUUGACCGUAAACACAACGCGACACCCGACUCGAGAGGAACCGCAGGACUGCAGAGCAAAAGAGCACACACUGACUAAUGUGGAAACACUUUGUUUACUCUCUAGUUACAUUUGUGUUGGUCGUGUUCAUCCGCUGUGAAUUUCUAUUGGGCUCAUUUACACAUGGUUUUGGCUGACAUUUGUUUUUUGUGGAUUUAUUGUUUAACUUUUUUGUUCACUGAAGCAUUUGUUUGUGCAGCAAAUGAGCUGUAUAUAAAAGUUAAAAAAACAAAAAAAGUUGUCACGCCCUCACGCUGGCUCAACUAUUCUGUCACCACGUCGUCAUUGUGACUCCUUUGCCUGCUUAUAGAUUGGACAAAUAGUAAAACUUCUCUAGAGAAAAAAUGAGUUACUGCAAUGCAGAAUAUGCAAUGUUCAAAGUUUUAUAAGACUGAGGGGAAAUGGAAACAUUUGCAUGCUGAUGAGGGUUGUUACUGACUUCAGUGUUUUUGAUAUUGGAAAUAAUCGUGACCCUUUUUUUUUUUAUUAUUAUUAUUUGCCUUGCUGAAAGUCUUUUAAUUGCCAUUUAUCAAAAUCACAGACGCAACUUUGAAAUCAGAUUGUCAGCAUGAUUCCUGCAUGCUGGCUUCACUGGUGUUUAAAAUGACAAAUGAUAACCUGGCCACUGUACAGCACAAGCUCACAACAAAGCCUAAUGUGUUACCGUGUAAUAUCAGUCAUUGUCAUUGACCUCCGUCCAGAACUGUGAGGCCACUAACACGCAGUAGUAUCUGUUGAACUCUGAUCCCAACAUAUGGACUUCAUGUGAUUCAUCUGUUUUGUGUAUGUUUUUCCACAUUGUACAAAAUGUAAAAACAAAUAAAAAUAUUAAAGCACUUGUCAUGCAGACUGGUGUAAUUAAAUGUAAA